UCCUGCUGACCUCGGGCCAAACAUGGUGUUAUUCGAUACCCGCCUUUUGCUCUUGUUCAUUACAGCAUUUUUAUUUUUGACAUUUCACUUAUCUGCCAAAAUAUCUGGGACCUGUAAAUUUAGGAUUUUCACCAUUUUUAAUAUUCUUUCUAUUUUUAAUCUGUAUUUCUCUUCCCCAUCGAAAGAAGCCGGGACCUCAAAUCAAUUAAAUUUAGAGAUGGAGGAUGAUCAAAGGGAAGAGUAUUCUAGGGAUCGGAUUAGUGAGUUACCUGAUGAAAUUCUAUUUACAAUUCUUUCCUUUUUGACCCUUAAGGAGGUAGCAAGCAUAUGCUUUCUUUCCAAGAGGUUAAAAAGCUUGUGGCCAAACAUUGUUACUUUGAACUUUGAUGCUUCAUAUGCAUUAUGUGAACUUCGGAGGAAUGGCAGUUUGAGGAAAAAGAAGAGGUCUUGGUACAUAAGCUGGGUGAACCACAUCUUGGAGUUGCAUAAAGGUUCUACUUUAAAUGAAUUUAGAGUUUGUUUUGACUUGGAUUGGACUUGUAGGCAUGAUAUUGAUAGUUGGUUUCAUUUUGCAAUAUCAAAGAGGGUUCGGAAGCUUGAGUUGGACUUCGAAGAAGUGGCAGAAAAAACUUGGCCACCAGGUUUAAGAUCCUAUUCUUUAACAAAAAGUUGUUAUGACUACAUUAGAACUCCUCACGGUUUAUCCUGUAUUACGUUGUUGACUUCUUUAUGUUUGAGAUUUGUAAAAGUAAGUGGUGAGGUUCUGGAGCACUUCCUUUCACAUUGUCCUCUUCUUGAGAAGUUAGUUGUGGAGUGGUCAAAAAAUUUAGUGAGACUUAAAGUUGCUAGUAAUUCAUCAGCUUUGCGGUUGAGAUACUUGGAAAUACACUCUUGCCUUGCUUUGGAAAAUCUUGAGAUUUCUGCACCAAAUUUAUGGUCCUUUAGGUAUUAUGGACAAAAGAUGGCAUUGCACAUUGAAAAUGCUCCGCAUCUUGCUGAUGUGCUUAUAGGUGGGAACUUAGAUGAUCAACCAGCUUUUGCUUUUUACCCUCUUUCAAGCUAUCUUUGUCAGCUAGAGACUCUUACGUUAGAGAUGAGUGCUUAUAAUAUGAUGUUUCCAAAUUUCCCCCAAUUGACAAAUCUUAGACACUUAGUAGUAAGUGUGUAUGGUGGAUAUGAUGACAAUCUUCUUGUCUUGACUUCUUUGAUUGAUGCAUCUCCUUCCUUGAACAAACUCUCAUUGGAGUUAAAAAUUUGGAGAUCCUCUACAUACAAUCAUGCUCAUAGUGCUAGUAAUGCUACGGGAAAACCCAUCCUGAGUCUUAAAGUGGUGGAGGUGGUAGGAUUUAGAGGUUUUAAAAUUGAUGUGGAUUUUGUUACAUACUUACUUGAGCAUGGCAAAAUGAUUGAGAAGAUUACAAUUAAUUGUUGCCAUCCAAGUUGGAUUGGGCAAAUAUGGGAGUGCGAGUCAAUUAAAGAAAGAGAGAAGGCAAGAAUGCAUGCUUUACAACUGAAAUCAAAAGCACCUGCAAUAACAGAAUUUGUAGUCGUGUAAAGUCAAGUCUAAUGAUAUUUUUCAUUUAGAUCCUUAAGCAUGAACCAUCUGUUGAAUGUUUAAGUCCUGUACAAGUUACUAGUUUUGUGGAAUGUAGUGCUGUGGCAUUUUUCCAUUUGAUUUGUGGUUUUCUUUAGAGCUCAAGCAGUUAAGAAUCAACAUAUCAGUCAUUUUCCGAGAA